AUGUCUCCUCUACACUCAUUUCUUGCAUUUGCCGGCGUUCUGUUUUCCAGCACAUAUGCCUAUGUUGAUUUUGGUUCCUUGACACUGCCUGUUGAACCGCUGUACGAGCCGACUCCGAGACCGAACCAGUUACCGCAAGACUACGACCUUCGCCAUGAGAUUCUUCCGUCAAUGAUCACGGCAGUCGCUCCUCAAGUGACGCUCGUGGCCAAUGGAACUCAUGAAACGAUGUACAGCCUGCACUAUCACCACUAUUUCUCAAAGACACGACAAGGAAGAGGAGUGUUUGACAAGCGUGGAGUCUUCGCUGGAGAUCCGCCCAUCGCGACAUGUACUCCUUGUGGGGGAGAUGCUGCUACAUCAGCACCUGUGAGCACCAGCACGUCCAAUGUGCCAUGCACGACUCGGACAUACCACGGUGUCUUUGACUAUCCACCAGAUUCGGUAGUAUCAGCUUGCUAUAACACCAAUUACACCGGGGUCUUCCAGCCGACCGCUCUCACGUCCACGGGUCUGCCCUGCUGCUUCACAAUUCCGGCCUCAUGCCGAUUGAACAGCACGCUCUCGACGACAACGACCGGAAGUGGCUCCAGCCUCUUCUCGAGUAUUCCAUACACAUCACCAUCAGGCUCUGCAACAACAACCAGCUACUCAAUCAUCGUCAUUUCGAGCACGACAAUCACACUUACACCCUCCACGACUACCACGUCAAAUAGUGGAAGUGGAGGAGUCUCAGAUCUGCCCACCUUAACGGUGAUUACGGGAACAGUAUCAGCCACAUCUUCCGUUUCGGCUUCAGUGUCGCUGAGCACUUCCACAAAGUCAAACACGAUCAUCGGCUGUGGACAGGCUUCUGGAAGUGGCAUUAUCGAGGGCACGGGCACGGUAUAUCUGGCAGACACGUCCGUCUCGGCCUCAGGCACCGCAAGUGGCUAUGCAACCAGCGUUAGCGGCUGCGGCACGAUCGUCGCCACAACCGGAUCGUUUUCCGGCAUUGCCUCAAUCACCGGCUGUGGUUUUGGUUACGGCACCGGUACAUUGACCGGCAUGGGCACAGUCUGGCCUUGGUAUGGCGGCGGCUUGUUAUCGUUCGUCAGCUCCGGCACAGUAGCUGGGGCAGGAAGCUUCGUGGGCUGUGGAACCAUAACCGGAUCCGGCUACUUCAGCGCAACAGCCGGCUCGCCCGUCCUAGUCACACCCUCCAGCACUGCCCGCCCGACUAGGACCAUCUCCAUCUACCUAUCGUACUGUCCGGACCCCACCGCUGGUGCCGGCGCAGACUCGAUGUUCCGCCUGGCCUCCAGUUACAACACCACCCAGGGCAUUUCUCCUGCAAUCCCCAGCCUGAACGACACGUCGCCCUACACGAACUCGAACGCGAACAGUACUUUCGCGUUGAAUUCCACCAUCGACACGAACCCUCUCUGCCAGGUGUGCCCUAACUCGGUUGGCGUGUGCUGUCCGCCCACGGUCUCCUGCUCAGCCGACGACGGCAAAUGUCCGUUGUUCGCGCUCGAGAACUCCGGCAACAUGAUCAACGGGUACUUGAUCCAGCAGGUCGUCAACAGCUCAGCGCCCGUCGCGGGACGGAGGAAAGUCCGGGCUCUGGACAAGAAGAACGUCCACGACCUGGGCAUCGGGACUGACUUGGUGCGGUUGGAGAUGGAGGUCGAGCAGGGCUUGAAGAAGCACAAGAAUAAGGACAAGCAUAGAAGGACACAUCACAAACAUUUCUAG